UCACGGCGCCCACAAUGGAGCUGUCGGCGUACGCGCGGGGUGGGUGGCGGCUGCUGGGGGACCCCCACCGCUUCCCGCGCCGCUCCUACGCCGCUCUCCUUCGCGCCGCAUUCCGCAGCCUCCUCGAGCACCCGCAAGCCGGGCUGGACGAUCCAGACCUGAAAGAUAUUGACCCAACGGUAUUAAAACAUUGCCAUGCCGCAGCUGUGACGUGUAUUCUGGAGGCAGGGAAGCAGCAAGCCGACAUAUCUGCUAUAAGCACGUGUCUUGAGGACUGUAAACUGGACAAAGAGAGAAUAGAGCAGUUCUGCACCGAAUAUCAGAAAAACAAGGAUGCCUUGGAAAUCCUAUUGGGAAGCAUAGGCAGAUCUCCUCUCCAUAUAACUGAUGUGGCUUGGCGCUUGGAAUAUCAAAUCAAGAGCAAUCAACUUCACAAAACUUACCAGCCUUCCUACUUGGUGACCUUAAAUGUAGAGAGCUGUGAUUCAGGAUCACACCCAGAUGUUACAUUUAGUUGUACGAUGGAGCAAUUACAGGAUUUAGUUGGAAAACUAAAAGAUGCUGCAAAAAGUCUAGAAAGAGCAAGUCAGAUGUGAUUGAAGGAAAGUGUCAGCCUGCUGAGAUGAAGGGAUCUCAUUCCGAAGAGCAUCUUCUAAAUGACAAAUGUCUUUCAUCUCUUGAUGCAAACUAGUCUCUUCUUUUUUUUUUCUUUUUUUAAAUAGUCUUUGGAUAUUAAUUAAGUAAAAUAAUUUUUGUAGGACCACAGUUGGUCUUCCUUGCUCGUGUCGAUUUUUUUUUACUUAUCUCUUGUUAAAUAUUUGCUAAAAUGUGGUGUCUCUAAAGCAUUCCUUCUCGUUUAUUUUGUGUAUUUUUAGAAUAGUCACUGAUUAUUUUUCCCUGGGAUCUAAUAAAGUUUAUUCGCUCCUCUUC